UCAAAGUAAGAUGAGAUACAUCUCAGUAGUCUUUAGAACAUGCUGUACGCUAUAGUCUGUGACUACACGGCACCUUAGUUACUCUGGGUUGUGAUUUGAUUGUACCAAGUGGAGAUUGCAGGACUGCCCGCUUGUGUACCUACCUGAUGUUUUUUUGUAGCACUCGUGUCAUAGAAGAGGUUGUACUUUGACCAGUUUACUUUAAGGGGACCCAGUGUUUCAGUGUUUGCCAUUAAGUGUGAACCACACGAGUUGUCCGUCUCUGAUUGGAUGAAGGACAAGGUUUCCACUAGAUAGUUGCAGUACGUAGAGCCCUCCCUGACAGAGGAAAGAACAAGGUCAGUAGGCUGUAGUGUCCUCUCAGCACAGACCAAGGAAAGUCAAAAAAGGCUGGCUGACAUUUUGACAUCAGACACAAAUGCGUGAGAGCGGAGCAGCCACAGCGUACGGGAGUUGGAGUCUAAAAGGGACCAAAAAGAAGAAUUGUCAGGACUCUGGAACUGAGGGGAGAUUAGAUGAGAUACUACUCAGAAAAACUCACAAACAUAAAGUGAACUGUAACAUGCCCACAGGGUUAAAAAUCUCAAACUCUCACAGAGGUCAACUAUCCAGUUGCACAAUGCCUCGUGAUGUUUUCCCACCACUGCUGCUCCUGCUGCUGUUCCUUUCUGUGUUUGGGGCGUCCCACGCCUGCCUGCAGGACCCCGCUUCAGCCUACAGAUUCACUGGAGCUGUGUGUCGCCUUACCUACCCUGCAGCUGUUGUGUUGAAUGAGAAAACUACUAAAGUGAUUGAGGCAGCGUUCCAACAUGCCAGAUACCCAAGUGUGAAGGGAGAGAAAUCUCUGCUCUUUAUAGGCAGAGUCAUAUACGGUCUGGACAAUUUGGAGAUUCACAACCUGUCAAUUGGUCGGAGUGCAUUUGAACUGCAUCCAGGUGAAGGCAUCGCCUUGGAAAUAGGCAACGUGUCUGCAGUCUUCAGAGGGACCAUCCAGUAUGGAUACGGCAGCUGGCUUGUCAACGUUGCACAUUCAAUUGACUUUGAAAUUGAAUCUCAGAUUGACCUCGGAAUCAACCCCAAACUUUACUGCAGAGACGGUAAGGUAGCAGCAGACACAUCGGACUGUUAUCUUCAUUUUCACAAGCUCCAUCUGCAUCUGCAGGGUGACAAAGAACCAAACUGGCUGAGGAAGGUCUUCACCGACUUCAUUACCUUUACUGUAAAACUGGCCAUCAAGGGACAGAUUUGUAAGGAGAUCAACAAGGUGGCAAACAUACUGGCUGACUUCAUACAGGACACAGCAGGUCAGUUCCUCAGUUAUGGAGGCAUCAGUGUGGACAUUGGUGUAACUGCUGCUCCUGUCAUCAAUGCUAACUACAUAGAAUCGUACCACAAGGGGCUGACCAACUACAACAACACUUCCGCUGUCAUCAAUGACUCUGUAUUCCACCCAAGGCAGCUGACUGAAAACAGGAUGCUCUACUUUUGGGUCUCAGACCAGGUCUUGAACCCCUUGUUUACUGCUGCCCACCAAGAUAGCCGUCUCCAACUCAACAUCUCUGGAGCAGAACUCACUGAACUAUUCAAGACUAAUCUCUCCAGUGCAAUGCCUGCAUUUAUUAGAGAGUGUCUGCUGGAAUCAGGUUCUCCACAGCUAAGAGUGUGGAGUUCAUCUGUUCCCUACCUAAACACCUCCACCUAUGGUACGACUGUCUGGGGGACGGCCUCUGGGGAGCUUCACUGUGGGACUCAAGGCACACCAAUACUCUUCUUUAAAAUGGAUGUGGCCAUUGACAUCGCAGCUUCCUAUGCUGACAAGAAACUCUUCCUGCAGGGUAACCCGUCAGAGGUCUUUGUAUUACAAGCUGAGCUGUCCUCACAAAAUCAAACGGUACAGCUAGAUGAGGAUCACGUGGACUUCAUAAGAGAAGCUGUGGAGAAGAUAGGCAUUCCCAAGGUCCUGUCUGCUCUGGAGAUUGAGCUCACCAGGCUGUUGGACAAACAGGGAGCUAACUUAUUUGACAUCUUCAACCCAGAGGUGCUUCCUCAGGAUGGCUUUGUGGUGAUUCAGAUGGAUUUUGGUUUCCCUCAUCACCUCCUGACUCAGUUCCUUAGGAAGGCUCUACAGUGACGAUGCAACCCUGAAGCAAUUUGGGCCAGAUUUGUUUUUAGUGACUUGACUAUGCUGCUGUAAUCCUGUAAAUGUCCCCGCUGCGGGACUAAUAAAAGGAUUAUCUCUCUUAAAAGUGUUGUUCAUAUUAGAAAGAAUGUACCCUUCCAAGUGAUUAUCGAUAUUACGCGUAACAAAACAUUUCGAUGUACAUUUGUUUAGAUAAAAACCCUUUCUUUCACUCAUGCAA